AUGUAUUCAAAUCAGAAUAUAUUGAGUACUUUUGUGAUUAUAUUAUCGGUUUUAGACGUCUAUACMAAAGAUAGUCAUUUGAUUGGCAAAAAUAAUUCAGAUCUUUCAGUGGGAAAGUCAUACACGAAUUCAACCAAAAACUCGAAUACCAUUAUCAACUCGGAUGUGGACAACAGUGAUGAUGAGGUUAAAAGCAAAUACAAAAGUAAGCAAUUUUCAUCAGAUCACACCCUAACUGGUCAGUGGGCUGGCAGACAAACAGCAACCAAUUUUGCGGGUAUCGGUAAUAGUAAUGACUAUUUCAGCAAUUUCUGGUACUCACUAUAUGUCGACCGAUCUUUUAAUUCCUCAUUUGCACUGAAUGUACCACUAUUUACGAUAACUGUUCCCGGUUAUGGUAGGGGUCUUAAAUAUGCUACUCCUUUGUCGGCAAUUAAUGUUGGUAAUCUGGCGGUGUUGGGUAUGAUAUUUUUCGGGAGUAUAGCCUUAUGGCUUCCCAUUGUAUUUCCAGAUGUAUCUACUAAGAGAAGUCUAGAUUCAUCGGAUAUAUCGAGCAUACCAUACAUUUUGGCCAAACGUAUCAUUAAUAUAUCUGAACGAAUGAUGGGUCGGUCGAUGAACAACGAGGAGAAGCAAGGAUUGUCUAACUUUGUCACCAGUCGUUUGGUUGGCGUUUCCGAGUCUAUAAUGGGUUGGGUGGAGAAAUCGGUUGAUGACUUGCCUAACUUUCCCCGUUUGGAUGCACAAGAGUGCAUGAAAAGGUGUAUCUGUGAGGCACACAAUCAGCCAAAGAAAUAUGGAUUAACCGGACUUGUAUUGCAACUGUUUUUCCCUCCCUACACGGAAAUUGAAGAACCGUUAAAAGUGGUAUCAAAGUAUCAAUUGGCCGCCCGUUACGGUCGUCAGGACAAUGCCAACUGUGCGGCUCAGUAUGACGGAUGUCUCGUCAACUUUUUGGAUAUAGUUCAAGGGCUCAUCAAUUUAGUCUUUUAAUUUAAAAACAAAACCGCACCAAAACUUGUCUACAAUUUGGAUAUCAAAAUGAAAUAAAAUGAUCGAUAAUUUAUUUAGACAUUAAUGUCAGUCGACAUUUGCUAACUAUUUAUUUUUAAAAAAAAUU